CUGGUCUCUCUCCUCUAUUUCUACUCGUUCAUCGCCAUCUCUCUCCCAUCUUCCUCCCUUCGUUUUCAGAAUUCCAUAAUCAGCUGCACUUUCUUUCUCUCUUUCUGAACAUAAUAACUGGAUCUUGUUCUUCUUUUCUUUUCUCACAUAUACCUGCAUAAUAAGACUUCAAUCCUCUGUUCUUAGGACUUAGAUUUUGUUUUCCUUCUUUAGAUUUCGAGCUGAUUUUGAUCAUUGAUUUUACGUGUUCAACUUUUCAUAUUCAUACAGGGACGAAUUUAGGUUUGGAUUUUUGCGUCGAAAGGGUGUCAUUAUCAUCAUUCCUUUUCAAGUUUUUUUCUUUCUUUUUUUCAAACACGUUUCUGGGGUGAAUUUAGAUUUGUGGAUGUAUGCUAGUUAAUCUACGUCGUUUUUUCAAGUUGAUUGGAUCUUUGUGAGCUUUUGAGGGACUGAUCUUUGCGUUCACUCGCUCCGAAUACCUUCACGAGCUUCCUUCACGCAGAUAUCAGGAAUAAACAUGAAAACUGAAAGCGAGGAGAUGAUGAGUUCACAAGGCGGCCUAAGUGAAGAUGCUAGUAGUGGAGGAAGUGGUGGUGGUGGUUUGAUACUGAAGAAAGGUCCUUGGACAUCUGCAGAGGAUGCAAUAUUAGUGGACUACGUAACAAAACACGGAGAGGGGAACUGGAAUGCUGUGCAGAAGCAUUCUGGGCUUGCUCGAUGUGGGAAAAGUUGCCGAUUGAGGUGGGCAAAUCACUUAAGACCAGAUUUAAAGAAAGGAGCAUUCACUCCUGAGGAAGAGAGCCUCAUUGUACAACUGCAUUCUAAAAUGGGAAACAAAUGGGCACGAAUGGCUGCUGAGUUGCCUGGGCGAACAGAUAAUGAGAUAAAGAACUAUUGGAACACAAGACUGAAGAGAAGACAACGUGCCGGCUUGCCAAUAUACCCUCCUGACAUCCGUUUGAAUUCCUUCAAUGAGAACAAACAAAAUGACGAUUUUGGCACCUUCUCACAACAUCCCGAACUUUUGCAGAACAACAGUUUUGAGAUCCCACCUGUGGAAUUCAGAAGUUUUCAACUGAAUCAGGCACUAUAUCCACAAGAUCUUCUUGACAUUCCUGCAAGUAGUAGCCUUCUGCCACAAGGUGGUCUUGGUUCUUCUUUUGGAAACAACAGACCGUUUCUUUCAGCUAUUCACCCUUCAAAGCGAAUACGUGGUUCCGGAACCUUCUUCCCUGGUUUAAGUGAUAUUCCAUAUCAGAGCGAUGAGAAUACUUAUACACAGAUGGAACAAUCCUACUGCGGGUUUUCGUAUCCAUAUGAUCAGACUAUGGAAUCUGGUCAACAAUCGUUAUUCCCGGAUUUGAUUAAUGGCAGCCAUGCCUUUAUAAAUGGCAACUCCUCUCCUUCAGACCCCACGUGUGGAAAGAAGAUGGAGCUCCCUUCAUUCCAAAAUCAGAUGGGUAGUUGGGGAUUUCCUUCCUCAUCCCCUCUCCCAUCUCUACAAUCUGUUGAUACUUUAGUUCAGUCACCUACAAGAGCUGCUGAGCAGCAGCCUGAUAGUAACAGUGGCCUACUUGAUGCUGUUCUUUUAGGGUCACAAUCUUUGAAGCAUACAAAGAAUGAUUCUUCAUCCUCUGGUGGUUUCUUGAUUAUGCCAGGUGACUUGGUGGAUGAUAGUUCUUGUCCGGACCUUGAUGACCCAGAGAUGGAAAGAAAUGGUGAUCCGAUUUCUCCUCUCAGCCAUUCUGCUACAUCAGUUUUUAGCGGAAAAAGUACAUCAGAUGAGCCUCAGUCAGUCGAAAAGAAGUCAGGUGAGAAUAGUCAUCUAACAAGUUAGUACACUGAAACAUGAUAGAAUAUAAUGAUAUAGCAGGAGUUAAGUGUUCUAGACUGAUUCUUUUUCAUUGUUUUUAUCAUAUUUAUAACAUUAAAGCUUUUCUCCGGGGGGAUUGGAGCAACUGUUAAAAUUUACCUCUCACGGGGCGUAUUGUUAUUUCAAAAAACAAAGGGGCCAUUUUUUACUUAAAUCAAAUCUCUGUGGAGGUAGAUACAAUUAGCUCUCCAUCUUUAGUUAUUCUAUUCCAUUCCUAACCAUCUAUUUCCUCAUAAUUGCGUGAACUUCUGAAAUUAUUGUCAUUCUGUAGGUGAUGUAGUUAAGCAAGUGCAUUAUAAAAAUGAAGCAUCAAACCAUAAGAUGUUCUCUAGGCCGGACUCCUUGCUUAAUUUGGAUUGUUUCCUUGUGAAGGCGGACCACGGUAAGGACCACUGUAAAUUUAAAGGCGUGUUUGGAACGGGCCUGUUUGAUGACUUAAGCAAGAACUGCAAGAAAAUGGGAGGCUCGGCUACUUCCACGGGUCAAGGCUAUGCUUGGGAUGCCAUGUCCACUGUCUGAUCAAUUUCUUGGAUUUCUAUGAACGGAAACUUAUAGUCUAGAAUUGUUUGGAAGGGAAAAUAUUUUGAUAUAUUGAUCACACAACACACAGGUUCUCUCCCACGUAAAUUUACCACCAGACCAUAUUAUAACCUGAUAGCAGCCUUUUCCUUCACAUGUGUUUGUACUUUGUUUUUGAAACAAUUUCCUUUCAUGCUUGAAACAACAGAGGUACUAGCAGUUCAUUGCCAUUGACACUUGAACCAUAAACGAGCACAAUCUUCAAAAUAAUAGUGUGCUUAUUAUGAUUCGUUCCCUUGAAUUUAUGCAUCUCAGUUUUAUUUACAUUUCUG